AUGGAAACAAUGGCAAACGAUUGUGUGCAGGCCUUCUCCUCCUCAUCUUCUUCUCCUCGCUGCUGGCGCGGCUCGAAACAUGUACAACUUCCCUCGUUGCCUCUCUGCCUAGCCAAUCAUCCAGCAGGUUCCCGAUUCCCGCCCCCGAUCAAUGCGCAAUCGAUGAGAGAGGAAGUCAACUUGGGACCCGCUCAGAUGUUCCCAACAGCAGCCGAUUCCGAAUCAUUCUGGCAAACGAACAGAGUAAUGAAUGCAUCGGCUGGGUCAGCACCGACCCCCUCUUCCCAUCGCUCAGCCACCCGUCAUUGGGGAAGCUGCUGGCAGCCCCACCAAGAACUUGUGCCGCAGAGCGAUGAGAAAGAAAAGGAUGAGUGCACCCCACCCCACGCCUCCAGAUCUCCACAAUCGUCACCUCAUCUUCAUCUUGCUUUUGCCAGGGAAAGGCCCAGUCAAAAGGCAUACUACCAAUACCUCGUUUGCCGUACUGGACAUCCACGGACAGAGCUCAUCGCCUUGAACAAGCUCCUCCUUCAGCCGAUUCUUUUCGGCUAG